UACAAAAAGUGGGCAUUUUAUGCAAAGUGACGAGUAGCACAAGAUGGAAACGCGGCAUCGUCUUUGAGCGAGACAAUGUGGAUAAUGCAAACGAUUUUGUGAUGACAUCGCUGGACAGCUUGAAGCAUCAAUGCAACAAAAUCGCACUUGCGGCAAUUGUGUUCCUACUGACGACAAUGAUCGAAGUACGAGAGCAGACGAUGCUAACGGAACAUCCGGUUCCCACGGAGGAUCUAACAUAUUCUAAACAAAUCACCACCAACAGUAGAAUCCAAUCUACGACAAUGUCAUCGUCCUCACCAUCGACCGCUUCGAGUGACCCACCAACGUCGACGUCGGAGUGGUCGGAAUCUCCGUUUUCGCCGACUCUGCCAAUGACACCCUCGCAGAUGGCAUGGCCAUCCUCGUUGGCCGUGCCGGCUGAGAGUCUUCUAAUCCAAAAUGUGACAUCGGCAGUAACGGACACGUCGACACGUCCACAUCAUGAAUCCACGGUGGAGGAGGGGACGCCGGCGGGUUCAGUAACGACCACGUACGCGAUGGCUUCCGGCGCUCGCUCCAUCACCACCGCGUCGGCCGGAAGCUCUCGAGGACCGACGAAGACGUCGGAGGCGCAGUACGACGGUAGCAAACACACCACGUUUCGACCACUAAUCAUACCCACGCUACCUGACGUGCGACGUAGUCGAGUCGUCCAUUCGAUGCCUUAUCAGAGCAAGCAUCACCACGAGCGCCACUGGGGUCCAUUUUUCGAGGAAUCGGUCAACGUGACUUCCGGAGCGGCCUUGCCCGUUGGAUAUCAUUUAUCAACGGAGGCCAUACUCAACUGUAGGGUAGGAAGGCUGAAAGAUAAAACGAAACCGCAGUACGGAUAGUGGACCAAUGGGCUACGAGUUCUACCAUCGUUUCGAUAAACUGAGCAGCACGAUCGAAAUAUCAUGCCAAGUUUCGACGUCGUAUCUGGCGACUUUGCCACCGAGCCCCGCGUUGGCGUCUCAGAGAUCGAAGGCAAACGCAUUGGCAGCAGCAAACACCGUUGGCCAUAUAUUUCUCACGGGAGGAAGCGACGAACGAGCGAUGCAAG